AUGGCGAAUUCUCGGCACCUUCGGGGCACCGCCGACUUGAACCUCAUAGAGGCUCCUGUGACCUGGCGUGCCUACAUGAUCUGCGGCUGUGCCAGUUUUGGAGAGCAACCCCUCCCAGGCAUCCUUUUUGGAUAUGACUCCGGUUACAUCUCAGGCGUUCUUGCCAUGGACUACGUUACUGAGCACUUUGGUCACGCUGUUCCCAAAACCAAAGAGAACCCCAAUGGAUAUGUCAUCUCCAGUUCUCGCAAGUCUCUCAUCACCUCUAUCCUGUCUGCAGGUACUUUCUUUGGUGCACUGAUUGGUGGUGGUCUGUCUGAGCGAAUUGGCCGUCGUAUCACUAUCAUGCUCUCGUGCCUGAUCUUUGCCAUCGGUGUUGCUGUUCAAGUUGGAACUGAGAAUGUCGGUGGGCUGGUGGCAGGCCGUGCAAUUGCUGGUCUUGGUGUCGGCGGUGUCUCCGCAACGGUCAUCCUGUAUGUUUCCGAAAUAAGCCCUCGCAAAGUACGAGGCCUGCUGGUUUCUGUCUAUCAAUGGGCUAUCACGAUCGGUUUACUAGUGGCUUCUGGUGUUGAUCAAGGCUGCAAGGACUUGGACACGCGGUCUUCAUACCGUAUCCCAAUUGCCUUGCAAUUCAUUUGGGCCGCAAUUCUCGCCGCGGGGCUCUUCCUUUUGCCGGAGUCCCCUCGAUACUAUGUUCGCUGUGGCCGGAUCAAUGAUGCUCUUCGCUCUCUCGAAAGAGUCCGUCGUCAACCUGCAUCAAAUCCUGCAAUUCAAGCCGAGCUUGCCGAGAUUCAGGCCAAUUUCGAGUAUGAAAAGCAGAUUGCAAGCACCUCUUGGGCAGACUGUUUCAAGGGCGGGCUAUCUCCUCGUGGAAACCUCCGGCGAGUGAUUGCCGGUACCUGUCUGCAGAUGUUCCAGCAAUGGACUGGCAUUAAUUUCAUUUGUAAGUUUUGGUUCUUUGCAAAUAUGCUGCCACUUCUAACAUGUCUAGUCUAUUACGGCACGACGUUUUUCAAGUCGGUCGGCCUGAAGAACCCGUUUCUGAUCUCGACCAUCAUGAACGUUGUCAAUGUUGGAACUACCCCGGCAGCAUUUUACAUGAUCGAAGCAUUUGGACGACGCACUCUACUUCUUUGGGGUGCUCUUUCCAUGUGCAUUUGCGAGUUCAUAGUAGCUAUCAUCGGGGUCACCAUGGAGGGGAGCCAAGCAGCGAGCACAUGUUUAAUCGUCUUUACUUGCCUCUACAUUGCUUCCUUUGCCACCACCUGGGGUCCUGCCGCUUGGGUCGUCAUCGGCGAGAUCUAUCCUCUCCCAAUUCGAGCCAAGGGUGUUGCCCUUGCCACUGCCUCCAACUGGCUCUGGAACUGCGUCAUCGCGGUCACUACCCCAUACAUAGUGGAUGAAGAUAAAGGAAACCUGAAGGUCAAGGUCUUUUUCGUUUGGGGCAGCGCUCUCUUUCUAUGUUUUCUAUUUGCCUUCUUCGUCAUCCCUGAAACUAAAGGCCUAACUCUAGAACAAGUUGACAAAAUGCUUGAAGAGUCGACCCCAAUGACUAGUGCCAAAUGGAAACCUCACGAUACCUUCGCACACGAAAUGGGUAUGACCGAUAAAGACGAAGCCAAAGUCAGUACGGAGGAGCACCUGAAAUCUACCGGCUUGUCUGAGCAAACUCACCCUGUCUAA